ACUGCCAUGUUCUCUCAACAAAUCUUGAGAGAAGGGGUGCUGCGAACGGCUGCGACUACGGGAGGUGCGAUUCAGGAUUCACCGCGGGAAGUAAGCAAGCUUCACGCGCACAGAUUUUGACAACUGCUCCAUGCCUCGUGCAAGACGCAUACACCGGGUCAACUCAUUUUUGUAAUACCGUGAGAUCGCAUUGAACGCUUUUGGUUGCACGUAGUAUCACAUUUAACGGUCCCAGUAACCAAACUGGAACAGUGCUAAAGUGGACUAACGUUAGCUAUUUGGUGUGUUAGCGUCCUUUCCCUCUGCUGAAGUUGCCCCGAUGGCGAAAAACACACUGUCUUCUCGGUUUAGAAAGGUGGACAUUGAUGAAUACGAUGAGAACAAAUUUGUGGAUGAUCACGAUGAAGCAGCGGAUCAACAGGGACCAGACGCCGUGGAGGUAGACAAUCUCAUAAGGCAGGGGGACAUGAUGACAGCCUUCCACAUCGCCCUGAGAAACCCGCCCCUCAACACCAAGAACCCUGCAGUAAAGGAGCGAGCUCAGGCAGUAGUAAUGAGGGUGCUGACGUCCUUCAAGAGCAGCGACAUCGAGCCAGCGGUCAAGUCGCUGGACAGGAACGGCGUGGACCUGCUCAUGAAGUACAUCUACAGAGGCUUCGAGAGGCCCUCAGACAACAGCAGCGCUAUCCUGCUGCAGUGGCACGAAAAGGCCUAUGCUGCAGGAGGCCUAGGGUCCAUUGUGCGGGUUCUGACGGCCAGGAAGACGGUCUGACAGGAGGCGUGUCCUUCAGGAUGAGAGGCGGCGGGAGCGAGAAGCGAGAAGCGUCACGAUGAAGCACUGACUGGGGAACAGACGAGGAGGCGCUCAGCCUAAGGGAAAGUAGAUCAUUCGUAAUAAACAACACACACACUUUCUUCCCCAAGAUGAAGACCCAUCAAGCUAUUCUGGAAAGCGUGGGGAAAAAAUCAACAACAGCAACACUCACACUACGAGGAAAUAACUAUUAUUUUGACGGACAUUGAUAUGUACACAGUCGGAAUGCUGUUUCUUGAAUUGGGAGGGGAAAGGUUCAUAUAUAUAUAUAAAUAUAUAAAAUAUAAAUAUAUAUACAGCAGCUUCAUAAAUUAUUUGAGAAGUCAGUUGAAAAUCAUCAGCAUAUUGUGUGUGUGUGUGUGUGAUUGGAAGGGGUGAUGUGAUUGACAUGACUAGAGAAGAACAAUGCUGUUAAAAAGGCAGCAGUAAAAAUGCAACAUUUAACUGUGUGAGAUGCGUUAGACAAUGUGGUGAUUUAAAAACACUGUGUGUGGGUAUGUGUGUGGGUGUGUGUGUGUGUCUAAGAUUGUGUGUGUGUGUGUGUGUGUAGAAGAAUUAAAGCCUGACAGUUGGUGAGCAUAUUUGUAUGUGAUAUUGGAUGAAAUCAGUGUUUAAUAAUCGAUUUUAUUUUAUUUUUUUCUUGUCCCUCAUUCUCAUGUUUUGUACAGAGAGAAGUACAUUUAAUAUAAAGUUCUGGAGCUGUAUUUGGACACACAGAGGGCAGUUGUACAA